AGAUGUGAGCUUCAAUCAUAGCUGACUGUAACAAUAUAUAAGGAACUAAUGACGAAAGCAAUACUGGGGCUAAAAAGAGUAGGAACCAGAGUUGGAGAGUUAAGGAGUUAAAAAGAGGAAACCUGUGGUGUUCCUAUGAACAAAGACACUAAACCCAAACUUCAACAUCAAAGAAAUGUCCAUUUAUUGCUUUUAGUGAAAUGACUGUUCAAAAAUGAUUAUGUAUGCACUGUUUGGUUGUGUUUUAGUUUGAUUCAGAGUGAGGUAUCAGACUCACCUGAACCCAGCUGUGUGUCCAUUAAGAGUGACAGGUCAAUAGACCAUCCAGUAAGCUACAGAGAGGGAGAUUGUUCUCCUGAUGUGAGGUAUAACUCCACCAGUGCUGAGACAAAGGAGUGCUAGGGCCACAGGGAUCCUGAGAUGGGUGGAGUGAACUUUGACACUUGCUUGCUGGUUCCAGCUGUAACCUGUAGGAGGAGACAUGAGCUCCAAAAUGAGUUCCUCUGGAGAAGAACAGCACACAGAGAAAAACCAGAGUCUGAUUCAGGAGAAGAGAAAAUGCUCACCUGAACGCAGCUGUGUGUCCAUAAAGAGUGAUCAAUCAGUGGAACCCCCUCCACUGAAACUCAGAAAGAGAGAGUGUUCAAAUGAGCUCAGGGGUACCAGACCAGACUCACCUGAACCCAGCUGUAUUUCCAUGAAGAGUAAUGAGUCAAUGGAACAUCCAUCGCACUUCAGAGAAGGAGACAGUUGGUCUGAUGUAAGAAUCCAAAAGGACACAUCAAAAAUGAUCAGUAGGGAUCAUUUAGAGUCCAUAGCCAAGAUUGAGGACAAAAAGGAACAGAGCAGUGCCAGAGAGGGGGCGCACCUGAGGAGCAUGAAGCAGACAGACCUUGCUAACACACCACAGAGCAAGCUGAUGUCUGUGUACAAACAAAAUCUAAGAUCAAGACUAAUGGAGAAAUUUGAGAGAAUUAAUGAGGGAAUCUCACAGCAUGGAAUGCCAGUCCUUCUGAAUGAGAUCUACACAGAGCUCUACAUCACAGAGGGAGGGGGUGGAGAGGUCAAUAAUGAACAUGAGGUCAGACAGAUUGAGACUGCUUCCAGGAGAUCAGGAGCACAGGAGAAACCCAUCAAAUGCAAUGACCUCUUUAAAGACAAACCAAUCAGGACUGUGCUGACUAAAGGAGUUGCUGGAAUUGGAAAAACAGUAUCUGUGCAGAAGUUCAUUCUGGACUGGGCUGAAGGAAAAGCAAAUCAGGACAUCUUCUUCAUAUUUCCACUUCCUUUUAGGGAGCUGAACUUGAUGAAGGAGAAAAAGCUCAGCCUAAUGGAGCUUCUUCAUCAGUUUUUCCCAGACAUAAAGGAAUUAAGUUCAGUAGACUUUUAUGCUUACAAAGUCAUGUUCAUCUUUGAUGGUCUGGAUGAGUGUCGACUUCCUCUAGAUUUCCAGAACAAUGAGAGCUUGUGGGAUGUAACAGAUUCAGCCUCAGUGGAUGUGCUGCUGACAAACCUCAUCAAGGGGAAUCUGCUUCCCUCUGCUCUCCUCUGGAUAACCUCUCGACCAGCAGCAGCCAAUCAGAUCCCUCCUGAGUGUGUUGACCUGGUAACAGAGGUACGAGGGUUCAAUGACCCUCAGAAAGAGGAGUACUUCAGGAAGAGACUCAGUGACCAGAGCCUGGCCAAUAAAAUCAUCUCACACAUGAAGUCCUCAAGAAGCCUCUACAUCAUGUGCCACAUCCCAGUCUUCUGUUGGAUUGCAGCCACUGUUCUAGAGAGAGUGUUGGGUGGAGCAGAGAGUGGAGAGAUCCCCAAGACUCUGACUCAAAUGUUCACCCACUUCCUGAUCUUUCAGAUCAAACACAAGGACCAAAAGUACCAUGGGAAAUGUGACACUGAUCCUCAGCAGACUAGAGAGAUGAUUCUGGCACUGGGAAAACUGGCUUUGCAACAGCUGGAAAAAGGCAAUCUGAUCUUCUAUGAGGAAGACCUGAGAGAGUGUGGCACUGAUGUCAGUGAAGUGUCAGUGUACUCAGGAGUUUGUACCCAGAUCUUCAGAGAGGAGUUUGAGCUGCACCUGGGGAAGGUGUUCAGCUUUGUGCACCUGAGUGUCCAGGAGUUUCUGGCUGCUUUAUAUGCAUUUCUCUCCUUCAUCAACAGAGAUGAAACAAAACUGUUAACCACUGACCUCUCUGAUAUUUUCAGAAAGUCCAACAUGUCAGACUUCCUCAAGUCUGCAGUGGACAAGGCCUUACAGAGUGAGAAUGGACACCUGGAUCUUUUCCUCCGCUUCCUUCUGGGCCUCUCACUGGAGUCCAAUCAGACUCUCUUACGAGGCCUACUGACACAGACAGGAAGCAGGUCUCAUAACAAAAGGAAAACUGUUCAGUACAUCAAGAAGAAAAUCAGAGAGAAUCCCUCUCCAGAGAAAUCUAUCAAUCUGUUCCACUGUCUGAAUGAACUCAAUGAUCAUUCUCUGGUGCAGGAAGUACAAACAUACUUGAGCAGAGGAGAUUAUGGGUGUCUUAGUGGACUCUCUCCUGCCCAGUGGUCAGCUGUGGUGUUUGUGUUGCUGAACUCAGACGAAGAGCUUGAUGAGUUUGAUCUCCGUAAAUAUUAUCCAGCAGAGGAAGGUCUUCUGAGGCUCCUGCCUGUGAUCAAUUUGUCCAGAAAAGCUAUGCUGUGUAAUUGUAAUCUCACAGAGAAAAGCUGUGCAGCUCUGUCCUCAGCUCUCAGCUCAAAUUCCCCAAGUCUAAUAGAACUGAACCUGAGUUACAAUGAACUGCUGCAGGAUUCAGGACUGAAGUUGCUCUCUGCUGGACUAGAGAACCUACAUUGUAAACUGGAGAAACUGGAACUGGUUAAGUGCAGUAUUACAGAGGCAGGUUGUGCUGCUCUGGCUUCAGCUCUAAAAUCAAACCCCUCCUCUCACCUGAGAGAGCUGAACCUAAGUCAGAAUAUUCCAGGAGAUUCAGGAGUGAAGCUGCUCUGUGAUCUACUGGAGGAUCCACAAUGUAACCUGAAAAAACUACGGUUGUACAGGUGUGGUAUUACAGAGGAAGGUUACGCGGCUCUGGCUUCAGCUCUAAAAUCAAAUCCCUCUCACCUGAGAGAGCUGCGUCUUAAAUUAAGUAACCCAGGAAAGUUAGGAGUGAAGCUGCUCUCUGAUCUACAGAAGGAUCCACACUAUAAACUGGAGAAAUUACUUCUGUUUGACUGUAAUAUCACAGAUGAGAGCUGUGCAGCUCUGUCCUCAGCUCUCAGCUCAAACUCCUCAAGUAUAACAGAAUUGAACCUGAGCAAGAAUAAACUACUGCAGGAUUCUGGAGUGGAGCUGCUCUCUGCUGGACUGAAGAAUCCACACUGUAAACUGGAAAUACUAAAGUUGUGUUACUGUGAUCUCAGAGAGAAAAGCUGUAAAGCUCUGUCCUCAGUUCUCAGCUCAAACUCCUCAAAUCUGAGAGAACUGUAUCUGAGUUACAAUGAACUGCUCCAGGAUUCAGGAGUGAAGCUGCUCUCUGUUGGACUGGAAAAUCCACACUGUAAACUGGAGAUACUGGAGCUGUGUUACUGCAGUAUUACAGGUGAAGGCUUUGCUGCUCUGGCUUCAGCUCUGAAAUCAAACCCCUCCUCUCACCUGACAGAGCUGAACCUGAGCCACAAUAAACCAGAACAAUCAGGAGCGAAGCUGCUCUCUCAUCUACUGAAAGACCCACAUUGUAAACUGGAGAAACUACAACUGUGUAACUGUAAUCUCACAGAGGAAAGCUGUGAAGCUCUUUCCUCAGUUCUUGGCUCAAGCUCCUCAAGUCUGAGAGAACUGGACCUCAGUUACAAUAAACUUCAGGAUUCAGGAGUGGAGCUGCUCUCUGCUGGACUGGGGGAUCCACACUGUAAACUGGAGAAACUGGAGCUAUCUAACUGCAGUAUUACAGAGGAAGGAUGUGCUGCUCUGGCUUCAGCUCUAAAAUCAAAUCCCUCUCAUCUGAGAGAGCUGGACCUGAACUCCAAUAUACUUGGAAAGUCAGGAGCGAAGCUACUCUCUGAUCUACUGAAGGAUCCACUCUGUAAACUGGAAACACUACAGUGA